CUCACUUUCACUUGCGUGCGCCCCUACUCCACUGCCCAAGCGCAAAAGAAGCGAGGUUUGAAUGAGGCUGCAGCACAAUGUAAUUUUCGCCUCUUUGAAUUUCAAUUGCCGCUAUUACUUGUUUCUUCUUUCUUUAAUUUUCAUUUAUAUUACCAGCAAUCUGCAAAAAGGAUGGCCGACUACGAUGACGAGAAUGAGCAGCAGAUGGACUGCGCCCUGGAUUUGAUGCGCCGGCUGCCACCACAGAAUGUCGAGGAAAAUCUGGUCAAGCUUCUCGAGAUACUCCCAGAGAUGACAGAGGACCUACUCUCGGCCAUCGACCAGCCGCUCAAGAUCCGGCAGGACAGCCACUCUGGCAGGGAGUACCUUGUGUGCGACUACAAUCGCGACGGCGACUCAUACCGGUCCCCGUGGUCCAACGAAUAUGAACCGCCGCUGGCCGACGGCAGCGUGCCCUCCGACCGACUGCGCAAGCUGGAGCUGGCCGCCAACGAGGCCUUUGACACAUACAAGGAGUUGUACUACGAGGGCGGCGUGUCCUCCGUAUACCUAUGGGACAUGGAUGACUCGUUUGCCGGCGUGGUCCUGAUCAAGAAGGUCAACGACGGCACAGUAAAGUCAAAGGGCUCGUGGGAUUCCAUCCAUGUCAUCGAGGUGCUGGAGAAGGGCCGCCAGGCGAGGUACAAGCUCACGAGCACCGUGAUGCUGUACACGGUGGCUAGCGGCGUGAGGGGCGAUAGGCAGAACGAGAUCAACUUGUCUGGAUCGUUGACGCGCCAGGACGAGCGCGAGCUGCCGGCUGAGGACAGCGGCGCGCAUAUUGUCAAUAUUGGCAGGAUGGUUGAGGACAUGGAGUUCAAGAUGCGCAAUUCGCUGCAGGAGGUGUAUUUCGGAAAGACCCACGAUAUCGUCAAUGGGCUGCGCUCGGCGUCGGAUCUCAGCGAGGCGAGGAAUCGCGAGCGCUUGCAGCGCGACCUAUUUGGCCAGCUGAAGGGCCGCAAGGACUAGAGCAGGAGAACCAACACUUGAUUUUUAUACGUAGGUCAACUAUUCUAAUAUAACUUUUUGAAACAAC